AGCAACAUAAAAUUUACUUCCUUUUAUAUGGCGGACUUUGCGUUCGCUUGAUGUGUGUACGAAAGUAAGAAUUAGUUAUAAGGAUUACAAAAUAUGUCGCUGUCAGCGGCGCGCCCCUUAGUAAGCGUGUACAAUGAGAAAUCUGAGGAAGUUAAGGGCACAACUGUUGCUUUACCAGCAGUAUUCAAGGCCCCCAUCAGACCCGAUGUCGUAAACUUUGUCCACCAGCAGGUGUCGAUGAACCAUCGCCAGCCAUACAGUGUUAGUGACAAAGCUGGCCACCAGACCUCUGCCGAGUCCUGGGGUACUGGCCGUGCCGUAGCCCGUAUUCCCCGUGUCCGCGGCGGUGGUACCCACCGUUCCGGUCAGGGUGCUUUCGGCAACAUGUGUCGUGGCGGACGUAUGUUCGCCCCGACCAAGCCCUGGCGUAGGUGGCAUAGACGCGUCAACAUCAAUCAGCGUCGCUACGCUCUCGCUUCUGCCAUCGCCGCCAGCGGUAUCCCGGCCCUUGUCCUCAGCAAGGGACACGUCAUCGAUCAGAUCCCCGAGCUGCCUCUGGUCGUGUCCGAUAAGGUGCAGGAGUUUAACAAGACCAAGCAAGCCGUGCAGUUCUUGAGGAGGAUCAAGGCAUGGGCCGAUAUCCAGAAGGUCUACAAAAGUCAACGGUUCCGUGCCGGUAAAGGUAAGAUGCGUAAUAGAAGACGCAUCCAACGUAGAGGACCCUUGGUCAUUUACCACAAGGAUCAAGGUCUGCGCCGUGCUUUCCGCAACAUCCCCGGCAUCGACCUAUUGAGCGUUGAAAAGCUCAACCUUCUGAAGCUCGCCCCUGGCGGUCACGUAGGGCGUUUCGUCAUUUGGACCGAGUCGGCUUUCCAGAGAUUGGACAAACUGUUCGGCAGUUGGAAGACUCCAUCCCUCGAGAAGAAGGGGUAUAAUUUACCCCAACCUAAAAUGUCCAACACGGACCUGUCCAGAUUGUUGAAGGCUGACGAGAUCAAAGCCGUGCUACGUCGUCCACAGAAGAAGGUUGUUCGUCGCGUACGUCGUCUUAAUCCACUCAACAAUACCAGAGCCCUAUUGAAGUUGAAUCCGUACGCUGCCGUUCUUAAACGUCAGGCUAUUUUGACAGCCGAAAAGAGGCAGUUGGUGAGGGACGAGCAGUUGGCCAAAAAACGUGGAAUUACUUUGUCUCCGGAGAGCGCGGUGAUCAGAUCGGCCAAGUUGCAGGCCAGGAGGAGAGCACAGAUCCUGAAGAAUAAGGCCAAUCCGAAGAAGGCUAAGGGAUCGGCCAAGGCACCGGCUAAGGCCCCAGCCAAGGGUCCGGCUAAGAAAUAAGCUUUGUGGCUGCGGUUCUUGCGUAUAUCUUGGAUUUUAUGCAGUGACCGUGGUGGCUAGGUUUAUUUGUUGUAAUUAUAAAAUAAAAAUUUAUAAAAACUGC